AUGAAGUACCCAGUGAAAACUGAAAUGGACACUGCACAAACACACAAGCUUUACACAGUUGGGCCCUUGGCUGAAAAAGUAUUUCCAGAGGAAAGUGUCCCUAGAUUGUCCCCAGAUCUUGAAUCAAGAAAUCCGGACACUUCAUUAGUGGAGUCUAAAGUUGAGGAUUCACUGAACUUGGAACAAAGUUGCAACCAUGAAAACAGUGUUGUGGAAAUACUAUUACCACUUGACCUCAAAAUCCUAGAAGAAGGGUCAGAUAUUUUAGUAACAGUUGGAAAAGAAGAGCAUAAUGACCAAGAGAGCUGGGACACCAUGUUUGAUGAUGAUGGUGACUGCCUUGAUCCUCAUUUGUUGGAUGAGAUGAUUAAACAAGAGAAGAAAUCAAAGAAGUCCAUUCAAGAUCCUCAGUAUGAUUACUAUAAUUACACAGCGGAACCUGAUUUAGAGCUCAGAGAAGACGAGUUGUAACACAUUAUUGAAAUAUAUAAUUUUCCCACAGAAUUUAAAACUGAGGAUCUUCUACGGGCCUUUAACAGUUUCCACCAAAAGGGAUUUGAUGUCAAAUGGGUGGAUGAUACCCAUGCCCUGGGACAUUUUUGUAGCCCAAUUACAACUUGUGAUGCCUUAAAGUUGAAACAUCCAAUGUUGAAAGUCAGACCACUUUUCCAGGCAUCCUCAGCAUCAAAAAACAAAGCCAGGAGGUGCUCAGAUUAUCUCUUACCUGCUAAAGAACAUCCUCAGACAAGUGCAGCUCUUACUCGCAGGUUGGCAAUUGGAGCAUUAGGUGUUCGGAGUCCACAAACCAGGGAGGAGAGAGAGGCAGAAAAGAAAAAGCUUCAGCAAGCACGUGAACAAAAGCGGUUGGCAGCAAAGCAACACGAAGAUCCAUGGGAAGGGAAGUGA